AUGAAUAUAACCCCUUAUAUGUUGGUAUAUGGACAUGAUCCAGUCCUACCAAUGGAGGUGGUGAUGAAAUCAGCAAGGAUAGCAUAUCAACAUGGCCUCACUCCUGCGGAUUUUACUCAGGCUAUGUUGAAAAGAAGAGUUGCUAGAUCUUAUGACAAGCGUGUGAGAAAGAAGAGCUUUUCUGAAGGUGACUUGGUUUGGAAAGCUGUAUUUCCUUUGGGGGAAAAGAAUUCAAGAUAUGGUAAGUGGUCCCCGACCUGGGAAGGUCCAUACCAGAUUGCUCAAGUCCUUAGAGGUAACGUGUAUCUUCUUAUGGACUUAAGUGGUGGUCUGUUUAAGCAUUUAACAAAUGGAAAGUACCUAAAACAUCAUUAUCCUACUGUGUGGGAAAUGAAAGGUUUUGGAGAAAAUAUUGUUAAUAUACCAUAG